CAAUAUCGAUCUUGUAAGUGUCUGCCUUGCAGAAUCAGAGUCUUGUUACUACAUAUAUAUUGGUGUUCUUUCUUCAUAUUCCGUGGUGACUGAAUAAUGUAUGCAGUGAGGAUGAGAUUAGUCCCGGUUCUGUCGGCGUUAGCCAUGGUGUCGUUGGGCUUCGUCCUCGGCUUCUCUUUCCCGGCAUCGAUGACGCCCAAUCUUCAGUGUGGCGUACUGCCUUGGAGCGGCAGCACCAACUCCAGCUCCAGUGAGAGCUUCCUCGGGAGACUCUGGGCACCAUUACUCAGGAACAGCAGUAGCACCUCAAAUGCCACCUCAGGGAUUGUUAAUGUUGCAAGGAGACCAGAAGGCGCAGGGAGGUUACCGCCGGGCAUCGUGGUUUCGGAGUCCGACCUUCACCUGCGCCGGCUGUGGGGAUCCCCGACUCAGGACGCGCCGGUUCGGAAGUACCUCCUCACAAUGGCGGUAGGGCACAAGGAGAGGGCCAAUGUCAAUGCAACCGUUCACAAGUUCUCGGACAAGUUCGACGUGGUGCUGUUCCACUACGACGGCCACACGACGGAGUGGGACGACGACUUCCACUGGUCCAAGGAGGCCGUCCACGUCAGCGCCAGGAAGCAGACCAAAUGGUGGUUCGCCAAGAGGUUCCUCCACCCGAGCGUCGUGGCGCCGUACGCCUACGUGUUCCUGUGGGACGAGGACCUCGGCGUCGAGAACUUCAACGCCGAAGCGUACAUUGACAUCGUGAAGAAGCACGGGCUGGAGAUCUCGCAGCCGGGGCUGGACUCGACCAAGGGGAAGUCGGCGUACAAGGUCUCCGUCAAGAGAAACUCCGGCGAGAUGCACAAGACGGAUGCAGGGGGGAAGUGGUGCCCCGACGUACACAAGCGGCCGUGCAGCGGGUUCGUGGAGGUGAUGGCGCCGGUCUUCUCCAGGGAUGCUUGGAGAUGCGUGUGGCAUAUGAUCCAGAAUGAUCUGGUUCAUGGAUGGGGUCUCGACUACAACUUCUGGAGAUGUGUCGAUGACCCUGAAGAGCAAUUUGGCAUCGUGGAUGCACAAUAUGUUGUCCAUCAUGGAGUCCCCACACUCAAAGAUCAGGGUAACGGAGAAAAGCAAGGAAGCAGGGCUAAGAUUAAAGACCGGCAAUACGAGGAGUGGCACGCCUUUGACUCAAGACUUGACAAUGCCGACAAGGAGCUGGCCAACUCUACUGCUAGAUCAUCAUCCCAACCCUAAAUUAAUUUUCGUAUUUACUUAGUUACAAAAGCAAUACUGCACAAUCAGAUAAUAUGGUUGACUAAACACUGAGAAAACACCACUGGUUUUGUUAAUGAACUACUUUUUUGUCCAACGGACCAAGAUGGGGUUGAGAUGAGGCCAUUUUAUUUACUUUUUCAUUUUCCAUUAUUGGAUUCAUUGUUGUACAUUUGCUUUUUAAUUUAUUGGCAUGAAGCGUUUACUUGCAACACUUUGUUUUAUUAUUCCCGAAAAAAACACUUUGUAUUAUUCACACUGAUAAGUGAUACUUUUUGUUAACUGGAAGAGAGCGACGUCGCGCGAAACUCACGUAUGACUCAAGAGGCCUCCACGUGGACACAAAGUGAGGUUAUCAGCAAUUUUUAAUAAAUUGUGAAAGUCAGGACUUGAACCCAAGACCUUAGCUCUGAUACCAUCAUGCACUAGUCAACGCAACCAAAAGUCUGAACUGAUGAAAAAAGCUAGUAGUGCAAUUCACAUAUACUGUAACACUGUUCCACUACCAUGGCCACACGAUGGAGUGGGACGAGGAGUUCCAGUGGUCCAAGGAGGCCGUCCACUUCAGCGCCAGGAAGCAGACCAAAUGGUGAGAGCCCCGUGCCUGUCCGUCCUUCUGUCUCCGACGUUUUCUUUCUUCAGUCUGUAGUCCCAGCAAUCUUUAGACAUUUCUGACCUGCAAUGUGUGAAUGAUGAUUGACGAAGGUGGUUCGCCAAGAGGU